AUGGUCUCCCGCCUUCGCAUGUUUUGGGGCCAAUCCUUCCGCCUUCCUCCCCCGCCAUUGACUGAGAAAAACCUUCCCGAUCAGACCGGCAAGGUCUUCAUCAUCACCGGUGCCAACAGCGGCGUCGGCUACGAACUCAGCCGGAUCCUCUACGUGCAUAAUGCCACGGUGUAUGUGGCGGCUCGAUCCGAGUCCAAAGGAAAAGACGCCAUCGCGGCGAUCGCGAAGCUCCAUCCCGAAUCCAAAGGCAGACUGGAAUUCUUGUUUCUCGACUUGUCCGACCUGAACACCAUCAAAUCAAGCGUCGACGACUUUUUGCGUCGAGAAGACAAACUCCACUGGCUGAACAACAAUGCCGGUGUCAUGGUCCCUCCGUCAGGCUCUCGGGGCGCCCAAGGUAUUGAUUUGUCUUACCAGACCAAUAUCCUCGGUCCCUUCCUGUUUACAAAGCUGUUACUGCCCGUGUUGAGACGGACUGCCAAGCUGGAAGCCGACACCCCUGGCGCAGAUGCCGGUUCUGUCCGUGUCAGCUGGGCAAGUAGCCUGUCAAUGUACCUGGAAAGCCCGGCUGGAGGGGUCAAGUGGAAGACCCAAGCCCAAGGAGACGUGACCCUGGAUGACUCGAUCGGGUCGAGACCAGUCUAUGGCACUUCCAAGGCUGCCAAUUUCCUGCUGGCCAACGAGUUUGCGAAGCGCUUCGGGAGCAGAGAUGGAGUCUUGCAUAAUGCCUACAACCCUGGCAACCUCGCCACCAAUCUCGGCCGCCACCUGGAUCCCAUUUCCGCCUGGGUGAUCGGAUUUCUUGUUUACCCCCCGAUUUUGGGCGCCUACACCGAGCUCUAUGCUGGCUUGUCGCCCGACUUGACCAUUGCCAACGAUCAAGGCGUCUGCAUCGUGCCUUGGGGUCGUCGCUUGGCAACCAGACCAGACAUUCAAGCUGAGCUGGGCAAGGAAGGCGGAAAUGCCGAAAAGCUGUUUGAUUGGUGUGACCGGGUUACGAGCGAGUUUGCUUAG